AUGCUGGUCAUUGAGCCGUUUGAUAGCGGGUCAGGCGCUCACGAUCCCGUACUACAGCUCUCGUGCUUGGAUGCGUCGCUGGCGAUUCGUCCGGUGUUUGAACGCUUUUCCAGUGUCAUCAUCACUUCCGGAACACUGUCUCCAAUCGAUUUAUACCCGCGACUGCUGAACUUCAACCCGGUGAUCCGAGAAUCGUUGCCCAUGUCCGUCUAUCGCGCAAGUAUUUGUCCCCUCGUGAUCACGCGCGGUAGUGACCAGAUGCCCGUGAGUACCAAGUUUGACCUGCGCGACGACAUGUCCGUGGUCCGCAACUACGGAACGCUUUUACUGGAAAUGGCAGCUUGCACGCCCGAUGGUAUGGUCUGCUUUUUCCCGUCGUAUCUCUACAUGGAGAAGAUUAUCGGCCAGUGGGACUCGCUGGGAGUGCUUAAGCGCGUUCUCUCGAGCAAGCUGCUUUUCAUUGAGACGAAAGAUGUUGUGGAGACGACCCUGGCGCUGGACAACUACAAAAAAGCGUGCGACUGUGGCCGAGGGGCGAUCUUCUUUUCGGUUGCUCGUGGGAAGGUGGCAGAAGGAAUUGAUUUCGACCGUCACUAUGGACGUGCCGUGCUGCUCUUCGGUAUCCCUUUUCAGUACACGCUGUCGAACACGUUGCGGGCGCGGCUCGAAUACCUUCGGUACACGCAUCAGAUCCGCGAAGGUGACUUUCUGACAUUCGAUGCGCUGCGCCAAGCCGCCCAGUGCGCCGGUCGAGUUCUUCGGAGCAAGACCGACUACGGUCUCGUCAUUUUCGCUGACUCGAGAUACAACCGAGCGGACAAGCGCACGAAGCUGCCGCCGUGGAUCACCCAGUUUCUCUUGACGUCGCACUUGAACUUGUCAGUGGACAUGGCAGUGUUCAUGGCGAAGAAAUAUCUGUCGUUGAUGGCUCAGCCAGUGGACGAAUCGACCAACGUCAACUCCAUCUUGCUAGAUGCCGAUGGGGUGUCCAAGUGGCUCGGCAAACAUCCAAAAGAAGACGAACCCGUGCAGUGGCACAGUAAGUAA